AUGAGCGCGCCGCUCCUUCUUCUCCUCUUCGGUAAAUGGGGCUGUGACGAGAUCUCCGGCGAGGGUUUCGGGGUCCUACGGCGGUUUUCCUGGCGGGGCGAUUUCAAAACCAUUUUGAUCCCCGUUGCAAAAGAAAUCCUUGGGAAGCUAGGCAGCUUGGCUUUGGACCAGAUCGCACUCGCAUGGUCUCUCAGAAACGAGCUGGAGAAACUCAAGGGCACUGUCUCUACCAUCCAGGCUGUGCUCCGUGAUGCUGAAGAGAAGCAGGGCCACAAUCCCCAAGUCAAACUUUGGCUCGAGAAGCUCUCGGAUGUGAUGUAUGAUGCUGAUGACUUGCUCGAUGAUUUUUCCACUGAGACUCGUCGGGAGAGGGCUGCACGAGCAGACACUACGACGACGACUUGUUGGACUGUGAACGAGAUGGCUCACGCCAUCAGGGCGAUUCGAGAGAAACUCGAUGAUAUCAAGAAUGACAGGGAGUUCCACUUGGAGGAGCUUGCUGAGGAGCAAGCUGUCCCUUUGGAGACGGACCCAUGCCCACCGAUGAUUGUUGUUGGGAGAGAAGCUGAUAGAGCUGAAAUCGUUCGGCAUCUAGUGCACAGUGAUGGUGAAGAAGCUAAUGUCUCUGUGGUCCCAAUUGUUGGGAUGGGCGGAUUGGGGAAGACUACUGUUGCUCAGCUCGUGUUCGACGACGAGGCAGUUAAGGCAUGCUUCGGAGUAAGAGUUUGGGUCUAUGUCUCGCAGAGCUUUGAUGUCAAAGGGAUUCUUGAAAAAAUGUUGCAAUACAUGACUGGUGAGAGCCAAGCAGGUCUUCAGUUGGCUGUUCUGCAGGAGAAGCUUCGUGAGAAGAUGAGAGCCAAAAGGUUUUUGGUUGUAAUGGAUGAUGUCUGGGAGGAGAAUGCUAGAGGCUGGGAAGACUUGGCAAAGUAUUCGAUGGUUGGUGCCAUUGGGAGCAAGGUAUUGGUGACCACUCGAUCCAGUAAAGUGGCUGAGGUUGGUAGUGAGAUCAUGAAGUCUGAAACAGGUGGCACAAUGUUGAUGCCGUACUACUUGGGAGGCUUGUCGCCAGACGAGUCUUGGGAUUUGCUGGUGAGAAAGGCUCUUCAUGGAGAAGUUCAGCAGAGCCUGGAUGUUGAGAGAACCGGGAGAGAAAUACUGAAGAAAUGUUGUGGAGUUCCUCUUGCUAUAAGCACAAUUGCUGGUCUGUUGAGGUCGAAAGAUCCGAAAACUGACUGGCCGUUGUUUCUAGAUGACGAACUCUCGAACAUAUCUGAAGGGGAAAACCAUAUCAUGUCAACCCUUCGUUUAAGUUUCAACCAUCUUCCUACAAAGCUUAAGCACUGUUUUUCUUAUUGCAAACUGUUUAAGAAGGGUGAUGCCCUUGAUGUUCAAAGGCUGCAUUUAAGAUUUCUUGGUCUCAGCUCAUGGGGAAUAAAAAGAGUUCCGAACUCAAUCACCAAGUUGAUCAAUCUGCAAGUACUUGAUCUCUCUGGUUGCCACUACAUAGAGGAGCUACCAAGGGAUGUCAGAAAGCUAGUCGAUCUGAAGCAUAUCUACCUGCAUUGGAAUGUGAAAUUGACACACAUGCCGAAAGGGAUUGGGGAGUUAACAGCCCUUCAAACCUUACCUGUUUUUGCAGUGGGACAUAAAGGAGAUGAAAUUACCGCAAAUGGAGCAGCUGGGUUGGAUGAGCUGAGAGGUUUGAAUUUGUUGCGCGGAGAGUUGAAGAUUACAAACUUGUUGCACGCCAAGCCUGUGUCGAGUUUGCAACUUGAUCAGAUUGAUGACUUGGAAUAUCUUCCGAAGGAAGGCCUCCGCAACCUCACUUCGCUUCAGGUACUGGAGAUCUCGAACUGUCCUCGACUAGCCAAUCUGUCCUCCCUCUGCAACCUCACUUCGCUUCAGGUGCUGGUGAUCAGGAAUUGUCCAAGAUUAGCCACUCUGCCUCCUGCUAACCGCCUAACUAGUCUGGAGAAUCUCUCCAUUAAAGGGUGCCCCAUGUUGAAAGAAAGGUGCAGAGAAGGGGAAGAUGACGAGUGGCCCAGCAUUAUCGACAUCCCAUCCCCAUCCCCAGAAAUCAGAUAUCGGAGAUCCCCUCUGGGAUUUUAG